AUGACCUUUUUUGUUUUCUAUUUUCUUUCUUUCUUUCUUUCUUUUCAUGACAAUUCUUUUAUUCAUUUUCUCUUUUCAAAAUCUUUUUCUUUCUUUUUUCUUUCUUUCUUUCUUCCUCGUCAUGACCAUCUUUCUUUCUUUUAUUCAUUUUCUCUUUUCAUGAUCCAUUUUUCUUUCUUUCUUUCUUUUCAUGACCAUUUUUCUUUCUUUCAUUUACACAUUUACUCUUUUCAUAAUCCGUCUUUUUUCUUUCUUUCUUUCUUUCUUUCUUUCUUUCUUUCUUUCUUUCUUUCUUUCUUUCUUCAUUCCAUCCUUCGACUUUCUUUCUUUCUUUCCGAGUCUUCUCCUUUUUCUUUUUCUGUUUCUUUGUCUUUUUUUUCUUCUUUUGAUCUCCUUCUUCGUCGUCGUCUUAUUUUAUUAUUCGUUGUUGCCUUCUUUUUCUUCUUCUUUUUCUUCUUCUUCUUCUUCUUCGUCGUCGUCGUCGUGUUCUUUUUAUUAUUCGUUAUUGUCUUCUUUUUCUUCUUCUACAUCGACUUUUUCUUCGUUGUCACCCUCUUCUUUUUCUUUUUCGUCGUCGGCGUCUUCUUUUUAUUAUUCGUCGUUGUCGCUUUCUUCUUCUUUUUCUUCUUCUACAACGUCUUUUUCUUCGUCGACGCCUUCUUUUUUGUCGUUUUUUUUUAUUAUUCGUCAUUGUUGCCUUCUUUUUCUUCUUCUACAUCGUCUUUUUCUUCGUCGUCGCCAUCUUCUUCUUCUUCUUCUUCUUCUUCUUCUUCUUCUUCUUCUUCUUCUUUUCCAAGGGUAUCUAUCUAUCCCAGUCUGUUCAUCUCUUUCAAUGUAAAAAAAAUUGUUUCUUCUCGUUUGACUGUGUCUCUCUCUCUAUCCAUCUGUCUGUCUACCUAUCUAUCUACCUAUGUCAAUCUGUUCCUUCCUAUCUAUCUAUCUAUCUAUCUAUGUCAAUCUGUUCAUAUCUAUCUAUAUAUCUAUGUCAAUCUGUUCCUAUCUAUCUAUCUAUUUAUUUCAUUAUCUAUAUAUCUAUCUGGGCCAGUGUGUUUCAUAUCUAUCUAUCUAUCUAUCUAUCUAUCUAUCUAUCUAUCUAUCUCUCUGUCUAUCUGUCUAUCUAUCUAUGAAACAACAAAUAUUUCUUAUUCAAUCCCGAGCGCUUUCAUGGUGAAUGUUGUUUUAUCUAUCUUUCUAUUUUGUUCUGUUCACAUCUAUCUAUCUAUCUAUCUAUCUAUCUAUCUAUACCACUCAUUCUAUCUAUUUAUCUAUCUACCUUUCUAUUUAUCUAUUUUAUCUCCUCUCUUCUUUCUUUCUUUCUUUCUUUCUUUCUUAGUCUAUUCCUAUCUAUCUAUCUAUCUAUCUAUCUAUCUUAAUAUAUGUCUAUCUCUACCUCUAUCUAACAUGAAACUAACAGUUAAUCUAUCUAUCUAUCUAUCUAUCUAUCUAUCUAUCUAUCUAUCUAUCUAUCUAUCUAUCUAUCGUUCUCUCCCUCUUUCUCUCUAUCUAUGUAGAUAG